AUGGAUUUUGUGAAGUCCUACUAUCAAACCACUGUCAAGCCAGUGGACAUCCCAGAGACGGCAAUUGCGCCACCAUUUGAGCUUUUCGAGCGUGUCCGCAUGCUGUUCAGGCUGAGCAACGCUGCUCAGACGUUUCAGAGGUUCAUCAACCACGUCUCUCGGAGACGUUCCUUUCUGUUCGCAUACCUCGAUGACCUCCUGGGGGCUAGUAUUUCCCCUGAGCAGCUCAACAACCUCUUGCGCUGCUAUUUUCGAAUUUCCAGGAACAUGGCCUUCUCUUCAAUCCCGCAAAUUGCUUUUGGUGUCCACAAGAUUGAGUUCCUCAGACACCACGUGAUUGCCGAAGGAAUCGGAUCAUGA